CAUCGCAAAACCGCUGUCAAAAGCGAGCCGACGUUUGCCGCCAUUUUGAAAAGAAACAUUAACACAAAUUUUUGAAUUUUGACAUUUACUCAUUUAGUGGUGCAAUUUUUGAAGUUAUUUCGUAAUCGUGUUGUGAAGUUAUUGCUUAACCGUAAUCAUGAAUCCUAUGACGUAUGUAUCAUUUGUAUUAUUAUUAUUAGAUAUAAAAUUAAAUUAAUAUUAAUAAGACUAAUAACAAGGCAGGGUGCGAUAAUUCAAUAUUUUUAGCCGUACCUGACUGGUACUCCGACAAUUUUUGCGGCGUACCUGAUCUGGUACAGACUUGACAGUCAAGACGAGUCAGGCGUUUUUAUACCUAUAUGUAUAGUUUACUGGUCCAAAAGCAAAAAAUGUAUGUGCAAUUUUGUACGAAUGAAUCUUUAAUUAUGGUAUUUGUAUAACAUAAGCCUCGACGUUGUGACUCGAAUGCCGUCGCUCAUUUACAGUGGAUUUACCGAUGGUGCUAACAGUCUGACCUCAGCUACAUACAGUGUAGUUUUCCUCAUUGGGCCUAAAAAAACGUCGCACAGUCAAUCGUGUUGAAAAAAAUAAUAGGGUGGGCAGAAAAACAUAGGGUCGGUCGGGAAACCGCAGGUAUUUUUUUUAGACCUUGGUAAUAGCAUUGACAAUUACUUGUAACUUGUAAACACGCGAUGAUUGGUAAAAAUUAUGUAAGUUGGUGUCCACACUACAACGAAAACGAUAAAAUUAUCGGCGUUUGACGAUAACGGUCUUAAAAUCGCUCACACGAGCGUUUGUUUUUUUAGUCGGACAAUGACGAUAAAUUUUUUGAUGAAGCGCAAAGAUAACCUUUUGGCUUUUUUCAUCCCAAAAUAUGUCGGAUUAGUGGAAUUUACAUGUACAGCUAAAGUUCAGUUUACAGUUUUGAAUACUUUGGCAGGUCUGCUAGUUAUUGCUAGAAGGAAAAUGUAAGUACGCGAAUAGCAAAUUUCCGCGUACCUACCUGGUACUUGCUUAAAAACAAAGAAGUACCAGACCAUAAAUUUGGCGUACCUCUGGUACGUUGGUACGCAAAUUAUCGCACCCUGCAAGGUAUCUUUUUGACGAACUUUUUCAAGGUAUUUUCAUAUGCACAAUCUUCAUGCGCAUUCUACAAAUUUUCUACACUGGUCAUUAGGCUAUGUGCAGCUAUCAACGUGGGGUCGGGCAUAUGUGGGGCAUUUGAUUUUUUGAGCAAAUUUUCAAUCAAAUGCCCCACUGUCGAGCAAUAAAUGUAGGUCAAAUACCCCCACCAUUUUGCAAUAAAUUGCAAUAAAUACUAUAUUAAUAAAAGUCAUUUAGUUCAAAUUGCCCCAAAUCAGGGCCUAAAAUGCUAAUCAAAAUCCCCAGGGUGGGGAUGCAAUUGAUGAUCAAAUACUCCACAUAUGCCUGAUCCCCCCCCCCUCCCCCUGAGGCUUAACAUUGAUAGGUGCAUAAGCGCUGGCCGGGAGGAGGUGUGAGGGUGAAAGAAAGAGAGGCUUAGAGAGUGAAAAAAAUGGAGGGACAAAAAUAAAUAGCGCCUGCAGGAAAACCAUUUAUUACUGUACAUAGCAAGUGUCAAAGUUCAAUUUUCCAGCUUACCGAUUGGACAAAACCGUAUCUUGUGCCUAUCCACAAAACGUCAUGUUCACUGCAUACUUUGGUGAGGGGGCAGCCGAUCAACAAUGAAACAAUUAUUGACUGGUCAAUAAUAAAACCGGAAGUGAGGCACAAGCUGCUUGCGUCUGCCGGUCGGUUUGCAAGUCGUAAUAAAAUAAUAAAACACUUAUUUACUGAUAAUCUCAGGGCCACAAAACAUGCUGUUUCCCUCUGUCUCAGGAAGUAAGUGAUAAUUUUUUUGCAUAUCUGCCCAAAAUGUGCCCACAAAAAACCAACCAAUGAUUAGAUGCAUUUGAAGGAUUUUCCCAGUGACAGCAAGUGUUAAAGAUGCAUAUAUGUAGCAAUUUAAAACAGAGUCAACAGACAGGUCUGCCAAGUUCAGAAGAUAGGAAUGCAUAACACCUCAUGGCUUGGAUCAUUACUGCCAUAUUUGAUAACAUUUGACCAAGGCUCCCCCACAAAUCUUAGAUGCGGUAGCUAUUUCAGCUAGCUCAGAUAUUUCCAACAUACUCAUGGAAGUAAUUGAUUAUAAUCAAAGAUGCUGUAAAGGCUAUUGGAUUAUAAAUGUGUAACUUUAAAGGCAAUUUUCUGUAUGUGUGCGGAUCUACAGGACCAAAAUUUAAAUGUUUGACUUUCAUGCCAAAUGUGGGACACUUGGCAGGUUUGGCCUUUCCCCUACCUUACCUUGAACCCCUCCCCCAGGCACCACUGUGUACUAGGAGGCAGUUUAAUAGAUAAACCAGAGAAAACCGAUGUUUUUGGAAAAUCAAUUCGACCAAUGUUGUUCUGGCCAAACAUUGUCAAAAUUCUGAAAAAAGUGUUUGAAGCCCAGUAUAUUUAAAACAAAAUAAUUUCUCCCCAUAUUUGUGCAAAAUUGCGACACAUUGAAGCUAAGCAGAUCACACACUUGAUUAGUAUUUAGUUCAACAGAAGGCAGAUGUCUGUGAAAGACAGGUAGAUACAAAAAUCAUUCUUACCAGAUGAUUUUUGGUUUUUACCCUGAACCACCUCACCCUAACUACUAUACAGGCUAGUAUAUAAUUUGUUUUGUAGCAAUGUAAAGAAUAUUCAAAAGCUUAAUGAAAACGUUUUACAAAUGGGUGUUGAAGACGAUGUAUCAUGGCACAAGCAGUAUAAAGAUAGUGCUUAUGUAUUCUUGGGUAAGAAUUUUUAAGGGGCUGUUAACAAAUACCUUCCAUUUUAGCUACCAAUCUACAUUUGCAUACAUUGGUGCUAAAAUGCUAAUGCAGGGUGGGUGUAUGUCCCAAAGCAGUGUAUGCUAGUGUGCUGCAGGUGAAAUUUGCAGCAUCCCAAUAUACACUGGAUACUAAAAUUUGGUUUUGGAUACCAAACUGUGAAUGACUUGUAUCCCAUUUGGAUAUUACAAAAUUUAAAAUUAUGAUAAUGCUAAAUGUUUCCAGUGGUGUCCCAGUAGCUUUGAAUACUUGAAAAUAAUCAGCCUUCUUAACUUGGUAUCUUGUUGUUCACUGUUGAGUUGGUAUUGUAAUUUAUAACAAUGAGAGACAUGUACAGUAUACUUGUUUUCAUUGUUUAGCAACACCAAAAAUUAUGGUAACCAGUAUCCAGAAGUGGAUACUAGAACUUAAAUUUCACACCCUGCUCUAGGGAAUCUGACCAUGAGUUUGAAUGAGAACCAAAUGGAGAAUGGGGUGGGUACUUUGAGAUAGUCAUGGCAUCCACACCACAAUGAAACACUAAUAAUGUAUCCGGGGCAUUCAUUGAUGUGAUUUAAUGGAGCAUCUAUUGUAGAUAUGUGCAUUUAUUAAAAAGUGAGCACUUGUGUUACUCUGUUAUACAGUACAUGUUGCUUUGUAAAUAUUGUAAGGGCUGUAUGUUAGGUAAUUUUUAUGAUUAAUUUAAUGUUCCCCUAGCUACUGUAUAUGAUUUUAUAGGUUUCUACAGGAUGGCAUUCCAUGCAGCUCAAUUUUGUUUUGAACUAUUUUAAAUUUUAUUUUGGUUUAGGAGGAUUGCCUUAUGAUUUAACAGAAGGAGAUAUCUUGUGUGUAUUUUCCCAGUAAGUGUUUGCUGAAUAAUUCUAUUUUGUGUAACACUGGUCAUAGUUAUUAGUGGGUUAGUCACUCUGUACAGUGUGUCUAAAAAAAAAGUGAACCCUUUCAAAUAUAAAAAGUGAACCCUUUCACUAUAAC